AUGUCUCGGUGGUGUCUGACUCCUCUUUGCAUCCUCAUCCUCAUCUGUAUGGUGUCUACAGUCUCCUCCUCCCCUCUUGGCCGCAGGGGAGCGCUGUCCUUCUCCAAUUCUCUGCGCCUCACUCGCGCUAUUCGCGCACGUGUCCAACAAGUGCUGUCUCGCUACAAACAGCAGCUGUUUGGUGACGAGCUGUUUGAAUACAGAGAGCUGAUGUUGAGCACACUUCCAGCGGUCACUGUGACUUAUCAGACCUGGCUACACAUGCAGGACAAUGAGCGUUUGCAUUUGGCCUCUCACAACCUCCAAACCUUCUGGACUCACCUGGAAGGUCAACGGCUGCAGCUGGAGAGAGAGAGGGAUGCGACGAAAGAAAGAAGAGAGCAGAGAAGAGGCAAACGAGGAAAGCCUCAGCCCAACUUGUGCCAAAGUUUUGUUAGUCUGCAAAUAGAUCUGCGGGACUUAAUGAAACAAGUCAACUCUCAGUUAAACAGUCUGAGGGUCACUGCAUCCACAAGGUCCCCACUUCUCCAUACCCUACACUCAACUUCAUCUUCCAAUCCGAUUCCCAGCAUGCAUCAUUCCACAGAGAGCACCACUGUACUCCAGACCCCAACUCAGAUGAAUAAUCCUCACAGUUCCACACACUCCUCUACUUCAACAAUGGAGGAGACCUCUGUCAGCCUCCAACAACCCACCCAGGCAUCAGCAGCCUCUAUUUUCACGGGAAGCCAGCUAUCUGUGGAUACCCAGCAGACAACAACAGCAGAGACGUCCCGUUGGAUUCAGCAUCUGAGAGGGUAUGUGAUACUGAGAGAUCUGGAACGGUACUUGAGCAGAUUGUCACGAGAUUAUGCUGUGCUCCAAGCUAAACACUGACAAACAUGCAUAAGCAAAUCAACAAA